AAAUGCCAGUCUCGGCGAAACGCUUGCUUCUGAACUUUCAGUUCACCAGGUGCGAUCGGAAUGGCAAAAUGCUGAUUCACCUGCUGCUCAUCGUUUCGCUUCUGGAAGCAAUUGGCGCCUUUCAGCCGGAGUUCGUGGAGAGCAUUUCCAACGUGUCCGUGGCCGUCGGACGCGAUGCAACCUUCACGUGUCACGUCCGACAUUUGGGCGGCUAUCGGGUGGGCUGGCUCAAGGCCGACACCAAGGCCAUCCAAGCCAUCCACGAGAACGUAAUCACGCACAAUCCUCGCGUCACGGUCAGCCACUUGGACCAGAACACGUGGAAUCUGCACAUAAAGGCGGUUUCCGAGGAGGAUCGCGGCGGCUAUAUGUGCCAACUGAACACGGAUCCGAUGAAGAGCCAGAUUGGCUUCCUGGACGUCGUGAUUCCGCCGGACUUCAUCAGCGAGGACACCUCCUCCGAUGUGAUUGUGCCGGAGGGCAGUUCCGUGCGAUUGACAUGUCGGGCCCGCGGCUAUCCGGAACCGAUUGUCACCUGGCGGCGCGAAGACGGCAGCGAAAUUGUCCUGAAGGACAAUGUGGGCACUAAGACCCUAGCGCCCUCUUUUCGCGGCGAGGUGCUGAAGCUAUCAAAGAUCUCGAGGAACGAGAUGGGCUCCUAUCUGUGCAUCGCCUCCAACGGAGUACCGCCAUCGGUCUCAAAGCGCAUCUCCCUCAGCAUACACUUUCAUCCGGUCAUCCAAGUGCCGAAUCAAUUAGUCGGCGCACCACUUGGCACUGAUGUCCAAAUCGAGUGUCACGUCGAAGCCUCGCCCAAAUCAAUUAACUACUGGAUUAAGGACACGGGUGAGAUGAUUGUGACAUCGGGCAAGUAUCAUGUGCAGGAGAGCUCGCAGUCCAUGUACGAGACUAAAAUGUCAAUGAUAGUCAGGAAGUUCCAGAAGGACGACGUCGGAUCCUAUCGCUGCAUCGCCAAAAACUCACUCGGCGAAGUCGACAGCAGUAUCCGCUUAUACGAAAUCCCCGGACCGAAUCGUAAUAAAAAUCCGCUGAACGGCGGCGGAAAAGGAGGUGGAGCGGGCGGAAGCCUGGAUCCGGAUGCCAAUGACAUUUUGAAGCAGAAACAACAAGUCAAAGUCACCUACCAGCCGGAGGACGAGGAGCUGCAGUACGGAUCCGCCGAGGAUUUCGAGGCGGAAGGUGGCGAGGGCGGGGGCUUGACGCCGUUAUCGCCGCACGUUUACUACACCAGCGGCAAUAAACCGGCCACACAUAAGCCGGGCAACUCCGGCGGCAAUCAGCAUCUACAUCAGCAGCACCACCAUCACCACCACCACAACAACCAGCAGCACAGUGGUGGGGCAGGUGGUGGCCCAACUGGCGGUGAGUCGGGGUCACUUGGCGGCGAAAUGGGUGGCAUCACCCGCAAGCCACCGCCAUAUUACGGUGGCAAUACGGAAGUACGAGGCCCCAUUGACAACAACGAAAUGAGCUCAGGCUCCGGAGACUCGCGAUUGCGUCGAGGUCACCACUUGCCCAUUCUCCUCCUCCCAUUCACGCGGCUCAUCCUGGUCAGGAGUUGGCACUGCCGACAUACGUUCUUAAUGGGCUUGUCGCAGGCUUGCCUGCCCGGGCUUUUGCUCAGCCUCUUAUAAUACGCAGUCUAAUAGAACCACCAGUACAUUCGACAGGAGAAUCAACAAAACAUCACUGCAGCGAAGAAAGUCGUGGUCUUAGGGUCGGUCCCUACUACAGGACAUUCAUCAAGCACACACACUAUCAAUCGAAAGCUAGUUGUAGUGUGCAACACUCAGUUUAAGGAUAUCAACAACACUUUCACCAACGCACAUAUGCAUCCGAGAAACGCCUACAAUGGAGUUAUUUGAACGCUGUCUAAAAACUUCGGCAACGAAACACAACACACAUUAAGAGCUUUGCAAUUCAUUCUCGAUCAGAUAGCACAAAUUAUAGUGUGAAGGUCGAAGGUUCUAAGCAUCUAACUACAUUCAUACCAAUCGUUCAGCAACGACAUUUUCACAGACAGUUUCUCAACCGUAAUGAGAUCGCGUACAUAAAACAAACAUGUUGUAGUAGAAAAUGUUAAAUUGUUUAUAACGUAAGGGAAAAACAAAAAACAGGGAUGGUAUUUGCACGCAUCCAUAUUUAGUGAAUGUAUUUGACGCAAGAAUUUCUAGUGUUAUUGAGACAUUUUUAAGGGGGUUGCACGGUUAAUGAAUCACAGCUAGCCUAAGGUAAAAUGGUUCCCUAAAGCAUUUACAGUGAAGAAAAAUCAGAUUGGGAAAUGUGGGGUUUUUUUUAGAGCAGAAAUAUGAAAUGAAUUUUGUACCAAGAUAGCGCGAUAGGAGAAAACGCUUUAUUUAUUGCUUUCAAGUCCACAACUUUGAUUGUACUCAUUAUCAAUCAACCCUUUUUGUUGAUUUUUCUCAUUUAUAUUUGGCGACUGUCACACCUUCUUGCCAAUUUCCAAUUUCCCAAACCGAUUUACAAAACUCUUGAAAGGUCAAUUAAUAUAGAAAAGUAACACAGAACAAGAGGAACCCAAUUUCUUUUACUUUGCGUUUGUCAUUCGUUGAUUUGGGCUACUUCCAGCUGCCUUUUGUUGAUUUGUACAACUUUGAUUGACACUUGUGAGGUUCCGCGAAAGGGUGGGAGUUUAUGAUAAAUAGACCCAGAACUUUUUCUAAUUUAUUUUUUGUCAGCAGAUUUGUUAAAUGUGUUGCUGCUGUACCUUAAAAUAUAAACACAUUUCUUGUUUCGAUGCAAAUGGUUUACACACAAACUGCGAUGCCCUUUAACCCUUUCAUACACAGCUUGUAACCCCUUCUUACCAACUAUUUCUUGGUGUUUGCCAAAAGUUUUUCUUUACUCGUGCUUUAUUUCCCAAGUCUUUGCAGAGGAGUGUUUUUUUUUCUUUUUUUGUGGCAACGUCUUGUCUUUGCAGCUGAGUAUGUGUGUGUUUAUGCGUGGUGCUAUGCAUGUGUGUGUGUUUUUUUUUUCAAAUGUGUGUGUGGCAGCUGUGGGGCACAAGUUGUGGACACAGAAAACUCUCGGCUCCCAUCUGCGUUGCAUUUGCUUUUGAUGAAUUACUUGCAUGUCAGUUAACCACACACACAUCACACCCACACAGCUACGUUUUUAAUGAAAUGAAAACUUUUUGGCAAAGUGAAUUUCAUUGUAAGCAUUCCCAAACCUCGAGACCCCCAAAAACCCAAAACAAUCCGCUGCCAGAACUUAAAACUAAAAUAAAAAAAAAACAAAAAAACAACGGGACAGCUACAAAUAUACAAAACCGCCAAAAGCUGCCACUGAUGAUGAUAAUAAGACGCUGACAACCGCAGCAACAGCUAAAUGAAGAUCGGCAGCAAAAGGCGGCAAAAGACCAAAUAAACAUGUCGCCAAAUCCAAACCAAAAUGUGGGGCUGUCUUAGCUACGUUGUUACACAUUGCACGGACCCCCAAGAAAAGGAAGCAAAGCUGCAACGGAGAACAUCGGGAACUAGUCAACCGGCAGCAACACUUUUCCUGAUGUUGCAAGUUGCUGUUCCUGCCACCAUUGUCCAUUGAUGAUGUUGUUGCUGCUCGUGUUGAUGUUUGUCGGGCUUCUCAUGUUGCUCAUGUUGCAGGAAAGGCUCUGCUCUGCUAACGCCCACGUUGGGCGCCAGCUGUGACGAACUGUUUUCCAGCCUUCUGCUCGCUUCGAAUUGCAACGACUAGCUCAGCCAGUUUGUUCGUUCGUCCCACCAAAAUUAUGAUUUGUGCGAUUGGCAGACCAAACGGAAGUCAGGGUGUCAGAUAAGAUAAGCUUCAUUGUCAGGACACUUCGAUAAUGGGCUCCGCAACUUCUCGCCGUCUUCUGCGCGGCGUUACUUCCUCGUCGUCUUUCCUUCGUUGUUCCGUGUCGUCCUUGACAGCGGACCCCGUGCUUGCGCCGUUUCCUUAUAGGCCGCGGGAACCUGUUAUUUCCUCUUUUGCGCACGGGCUGCUCGGGUAUAAGGUCCCACAAAUGUCUGAGCAAACUUCACCGACUACUUCAAUAGUAAUGAAGACACGACUCUUCAAGAAUUCACCUGCCAGUCGCUGGAUUUCCUUUUGGAUAGGUCUCAGAAAAUAUUAUAGCUCGAUGCUGUGGACGCAUUGUGUGUGCAAGCUCCUCACGCUACUCCAAUAAUAACGAAUUGUUUUUAACAUUUUUUUAGGCUGUUAUAAAGUGUUUAUAUAUCGCCUGCAAAAAUCCGUCAAUCCUAGUUGCCUAAGUUUAAUUAUUUGUAUAUGUAUGCUCAA